AUGGCUGCGAGUGUAACGGCGGUCGCUCCCCGACCGCCCUUGGCCGCGGAAGGCUCAGCCGACCAAGUGCGCAAACCCUCGGUGUCCUCGACCUCGGACGCCCCGUCGGCUACCAAGAAUGAGGCGCCGGCCGGCGGCAACCUGUGCGCGGGCCAGAGCUCCUUCAGCGUCCGCCUCAGCGGGCUCUCCAACCGCCCCGAGGCCAAGAUCGGCUCCCAGCCGCGCGUCUUCUUCCUGUUCCCGCGCACCCAGAAGUCGCUCACCUUCGUCAGCAUAAUGAAUGCCAGUGAAGCAGCCGUGAAAAAGCUGUUACCAAAGAGCAACUUAUCUCGAGUUAUUAUCCGUGACAACCUCAGUGCACAAAGAAUCUAUGAAAUAGAGCGAAAAGCUACUGAAAAGAACAAGAAAAAGAUGAUCCACUUGUACGACCACCUGAAGAAGAAGUUCUUGACGGAUGAGCUCAGGAAGCUGAGCCGCUGGAGACGGGAGUUCAUGCACACCCAGAAGUAUCUGGACCACUUGCACAACAGAAGGCGUUUUGAAAACAAAGUGCGGGAGAGGGUACUCUAUGUGCGGUAG